AUGAGUGACGAAACAAACUUUACAGACAAGGCUUUAAACCUAGUUACAAUUGCUCAAAAAUUGGCUCAGGAUCAUCAACAUCCACAAAUCCAACCAAUUCAUUUAUUAGCCGCCUUCAUUGAAACUCCAGAAGAUGGGUCCAUUGCGUACCUACAAAAUUUAAUUGACCAAGCACGUUAUGACUACGAAGGAUUCAAGAAAAUUGUUAACAGAACUUUAGUACGUGUUCCCCAACAACACCCUGCUCCAUCACAAGUAACUCCAAGUUACGCAUUCGGUCAAGUUCUUCAAGAAGCUGCCAAGAUACAGAAACAACAAAAGGAUUCUUUUAUUGCUCAGGACCAUUUGUUAUUUGCUUUAUUUACCGAUUCCUCAAUCCAACAAUUGUUUAAAGAGGCCCAAGUUGAUAUUGAAGCCGUCAAACAACAAGCUUUAGUAUUGAGAGGUAAUCAGAAGAUAGAUUCUCGUGGUGCCGAUACUAAUACACCAUUAGAAAACUUAUCAAAGUAUGCCAUUAAUAUGACCGAACAAGCCAGAUUGGGUAAAUUAGACCCUGUUAUCGGUAGAGAAGAAGAAAUUAGAAGUACAAUUAGAGUUCUUGCUAGAAGAAUUAAGUCUAACCCAUGUUUGAUCGGUGAACCAGGUAUUGGUAAAACUGCUAUUAUCGAAGGAAUUGCAGCUAGAAUCAUCGACAACGAUGUUCCAACUAUUUUACAAGGUUGUAAGCUUUACAGUUUAGAUCUUGCAGCCUUGACUGCCGGUGCUAAGUAUAAAGGUGAUUUCGAAGAAAGAUUGAAGGGUGUUUUAAAGGAAGUUGAGGAAUCAAAAACUUUAAUCAUACUUUUCAUUGAUGAAAUCCAUAUGCUAAUGGGUAAUGGUAAGGAUGAUGCUGCUAAUAUUUUAAAGCCAGCUUUAUCAAGAGGUCAUUUAAAAGUUAUUGGUGCCACUACUAAUAAUGAAUACAGAGCCAUUAUAGAAAAGGAUGGUGCCUUUGAAAGAAGAUUCCAAAAAAUUGAAGUCUUAGAGCCAACUACCAGACAAGCUGUUGCUAUUCUAAGAGGUCUACAACAGAAGUAUGAAAUUCAUCACGGUGUUAGAAUCUUAGAUAGUGCACUGGUUACUGCUGCACAAUUGGCUAAGCGUUAUCUACCAUAUAGAAGAUUACCCGAUUCGGCAUUAGAUUUAGUUGAUAUUUCAUGUGCUGGUGUUGCUGUUGCCAGAGACUCUAAACCUGAAGAAUUGGAUUCAAAAGAACGUCAAUUACAAUUGAUUGAAGUUGAAAUCAAGGCUCUAGAGAGAGAUAUUGAUACUGAUAGUACCACCAAGGAAAGAUUACAAACUGCUAGAAAGAAGGAAGCCUCUUUGAAGGAAGAGUUAGAACCUUUGAGACAACGUUACAACCAAGAGAAACAUGGUCAUGAAGAAUUAACUAACGCCAAGAAGAAGUUGGAAGACUUAGAAAAUAAAGCUUUAGAUGCUGAAAGAAGAUAUGAUACAGCUACUGCUGCCGAUUUGAGAUAUUUUGCUAUUCCAGAUGUUAAGAAGCAAAUUGAUAAGUUAGAAAAUGAAGUAGCUGAAGAACAAAAACGUGUUGGUGAUAACUCAAUGAUUUCUAAUGUCGUCGAUUCUGACACUAUUGCAGAGACAGCAGCUAGAUUAACUGGUAUCCCAGUUAAGAAGCUAACUGAAUCUGAAAAUGAAAAAUUGAUUCAUAUGGAAAAGGAUCUAGCGGAACAAGUUGUUGGUCAAUCCGAGGCUGUUAAAGCAGUCGCAAAUGCUGUUAGAUUAUCUAGAUCUGGUUUAGCUAACCCUAGACAACCUGCCUCUUUCUUAUUCUUAGGCCUCUCUGGUAGUGGUAAGACUGAAUUAGCCAAGACAAUUGCCAACUUUUUAUUCAAUGAUAAAGAUAUGAUGAUUAGAAUCGAUUGUUCAGAACUAAGUGAAAAACAUUCUUCUUCUAAAUUAUUAGGUACUACAGCUGGUUAUGUCGGUUUUGAAGAAGGUGGUUUCUUAACUAAUCAAUUACAAUACAAGCCAUAUUCUGUGAUAUUAUUUGAUGAAGUGGAAAAGGCUCAUCCUGAUGUCUUAACUGUUUUGUUACAAAUGCUAGAUGAUGGUAGAAUUACAUCUGGUCAAGGUAAGACCAUUGAUUGUUCGAACUGUAUUGUUAUUAUGACAUCAAACUUAGGUGCACAAUUCAUUAUUGGCCAAGAAGGUUCGAAGAUUAAGGAUGAAACAAAACAAUUAGUCAUGACUGCCGUUAAAGCACAUUUUAGACCAGAAUUUUUGAACAGAAUCUCAUCUACUGUUGUUUUCAAUAAGUUAUCCAAGAAGGCUAUCAUCAAAAUUGUAGAUAUUAGAUUAAAGGAAAUUGAAGAAAGGUUCGAAGCAAAUGAUAAACAUUACAAACUAGUGGUUAGUAAGGAGGCUAAGGAUUUCUUAGCCAAAUAUGGUUAUUCUGAUGAUAUGGGUGCUCGUCCAUUAAACAGAUUAAUUCAAAAUGAAAUCUUAAAUAGACUAGCUCUAAGAAUCCUAAAGGGUGAAAUCCUUGACAAGGAGGAUGUUAAAGUCGAGUACCAUGCUGGUCUAGACCGUAAUGCUGAGAAUUCUACUGAAGAAACCGAAGAACGUUUAGAUGUUUUAGCCAAUCAUGAAGCAAAGACUGUUCCAGGUGGUGAAAACUAUGUCGAUGACAAUAUGGAUAUCGAUGAUUUCGAUUAA